AGGGUGGGGAGUGAAAUGGGGUGUGGGGGGGAACCUUGCGAGAGAACGCCCUACGCUUAAGUCUGGGAUGGGGGGAAGAGGGAGAUUUGGGGUCCUGAGCACCUUAGGCCCCAAAAGGUUUGGGAGGGAGAAGGGGGCGGGGGAGCGGAACGGGGAUGGUGUGGAAGCUUCGCAGGCUGGGGCUGCGUGGCCAGGAUGGGGAGGGGCUGCGCAUCCGGUAAGUAAAAGGGAAUAGGAAUGAGGUAGGGGCUGGGGGCGGGGUGACGACUAAAACUCUUCAAGUAUGAGGGUGCCAGUAGCCGGGGUCUCGUAAGUAAAGAGCGCCCCGCCCCGCCCCGCCUGAAAGCGGGGGCUGGAUGGAGUCCUUGUUGCUUCAUGACCAUUUCCACUGCCAUCCCGCUCCUGGGAGGAGCCAAAUGCGCCUUGAGCCGGGGGCACUACUCGGACUAGCACCACAAGGGCUUCCCUGGUCGCUCCUGGAGAAAGCCCCCGCCCCCACUUCCUUUUUCCGAAGGUCCACCUUCCUUCCGGGGGGAGGGGGGGCGCGCUCUAAGGGACGAGGACGUUAGCCCAUCCAAGGAUUGGUAAUGUGGGCAGAUGGGGAGAGAGAAGAGCGAUUCCCUGGCCCCACCCUACCCCCUUCCCUUGAGGCGCUCCGAGGCCUGGCGCGAAUCCCCCCUUCUGCAGGAAGCCCACCCCAAUUAUUCUCCCGGCUCCUAGGAUUUAGGGUCGGCCCGGACCCUGAGAGCCCUUCUCGAGUCUACACCGAUCCUUGCGUCAUACAGGUGAGGGCCAAAGCCCCAGAGGCGCAAGAUGACAGCUCCUGAGCAGCCCAGCCAGGGCUGAAACCCACGUCUUCCGACUCCAAAUCCGUCGCUCUUUUGUCUACACCCCCUAGCUCCAGGCUGGGGAGUCCCGUGUCCUCCGCUGCCCACGCGCGGGCACGCACACGCCCCUCCCCCCCAUCACGCCUGCAGCCAGCUCGGCUUGUCCUGCUGACUGCUCCAUCUUUUAAAUAACAGCUAAUGUUUUUGUAGAGCUUAUUAUGUGCCCGGGCCCUGACACAAUAUCUCCUUUGAUCCUCUCAACCACUCUGGGAGGUAGGUGCCAUGAUUACCCUCCUUCUACAGCGGAGGAAACCGAGACCGGCAGAGGUCAAAUGGCUUGCAGGCUAUAAAGCUAAUAGGGAUCCGAGCUCGGGAUGGAGAGCACUAUUACUCCUUGGUCUCUCCUUGAGGGCACACCAUUAUCCUUCUUUGUAUCCUCAGCGAUUAUUACAGUGCCUGUCAUUCAAUACGUGCUUAAAUAAGUGUUGAGUAAGGGCGUCUCUUGUCCCCCUCCUCGCCCCCCCCAAAAGUUGUUUGAGGAAAGGUUUCUCUCCAGCGCCAUAGCCCCUAAAGGAUAGGGAGGGGGGAGGGGCGGAGUGGGAAUGGGUCCUUGAUAUAAUUGCUUUACGAAACUUCCCGGUGCGGAGAGCCCCUUUGUCAAAGCAAGCCGACACCCGUACGAUUGAUAGCCUGGGACACCGAGCGAUUGGCCUGGAGUUCCGUCGCCAAUAAGUGGCAGAGGUGAGACUCGAACCCAGGCUCUCCCGGCUCCAAGGCCCCGGCUUCCUUCUCGACCUCUCAAGAAACGCUCACUGAUUGGCUGACUGGCCCCGAGUAGGUUCUCCCCAAGUGCUUCCUGUGGCUACCUGUGCGAGUUAUAGACUCCUUAGCUGUAAAGUGCGGGAAGAUUUUCAGCCGGUGGCGACGCUGGCGAAGGUGGCCGUGCCAGGGUAAGGGAGCGGGGAGGACGCAGAGGGAGGGCCGGGGACAGAAAGGGAUGGGUAGCACUCCCAGAGCCGCUCCCCGCCACCCUCCUCCGCCCCUUUAAAUGAACCCUGCUCGCGGCCCGCCCCGCCCGGCUCCCGGCCUCCCCAUUGGCUGCCCGGGGGCCCCUGCCUCCCGACUCGCGAUCCCGCAGAUACUGCUUGGGUGAGCGCCCCCUCCUCCGGCCUCAGCCCAUUUCAGGUGUAACUGUCCGAGAUGUGGCGCGGCCGCCUUCUGAGCUCGCCCCUGGCCCGGGCCCGCCCCGUGGCUCCGGGAAGGGGAGGCCGCCGGGCGCAGUCGGCCCUGGCUCAGCUCACGGGCAUCCUGGAGGAGCAGCUGGACGCGAUCCGAGGGGCGGGCACGUGGAAGGGCGAGAGAAUCAUCACUUCCAAGCAGGGGCCGCACAUUAGCGUGGAGGGCAGCGCGGGAGGGAUCCUUAAUUUCUGCGCCAACAACUACCUGGGUCUUUCCAGCCACCCAGAGGUGAUCCAAGCUGGUCUGAAGGCCCUGGAGCAGUUUGGAGCGGGUCUCAGCUCCGUCCGGUUCAUCUGUGGGACGCAGAGCAUCCACAAAGCCCUGGAGGAGAAGAUCGCCCGCUUCCACAAGAGGGAGGACGCCAUCCUCUACCCCAGCUGCUUUGAUGCCAACGCCGGCCUGUUUGAGGCCCUGCUGAGCCCAGAGGAUGCUGUGUUGUCCGACGAGCUCAACCACGCCUCCAUCAUCGACGGCAUCCGCCUCUGUAAGGCCAACAAGUACCGCUAUCGCCACCUGGACAUGGGCGACCUGGAGGCCAAGUUGCAGGAGGCCCAGAAGCACCGGCUGCGGCUGGUGGCCACAGAUGGGGCCUUCUCCAUGGACGGCGACAUCGCGCCCCUCCGGGAGAUCUGCCAGCUGGCGCACAAGUACCAGGCCGUGGUCUUUGUGGAUGAGUGCCACGCCACCGGCUUCCUCGGGCCGAGCGGACGGGGCACUGACGAGCUGCUAGGAGUAAUGGACCAAGUCACCAUCAUCAACUCCACCCUGGGAAAAGCCUUGGGGGGCGCCGCAGGGGGCUACACGACGGGGCCCCGGGAGCUCAUCGCCCUCCUCCGGCAGCGGGCCCGGCCCUACCUCUUCUCCAACAGCCUGCCGCCCCCCGUGGUGGGCUGCGCCUCCAAGGCCCUGGACCUGCUCAUGGAGAGCGACGCCAUCGCCCGGUCCAUGGCUGCCAAGACCCACCGGUUUCGCAGCAAGAUGGAGGCUGCCGGCUUCACCAUCUCGGGCAAGGAGCACCCCAUCUGCCCCGUGAUGCUGGGGGACGCCCGGCUGGCAUCGGUCAUGGCCGAGGACAUGCUGGAGAGAGGAAUCUUUGUCAUCGGCUUCAGCUACCCCGUGGUGCCCAAAGGCAGAGCCAGGAUCCGAGUUCAGAUCUCGGCCGUUCACAGCGACGAAGACAUCGACCGCUGCGUGAGGGCUUUUGUGGAGGUGGGAAAGCGGCAUGGGGCCAUCCCGUGAGGAUGCUCGGGCCUUCCCGGGGACAGGGGUGCCUCCGGGGAGCCGGAGUCCCAGCCCGCCCAGGCCUCCUCCUUCUGCCUCCCGGAACCAAGUGCCUGGAAACCAAAACAAGACUUUUUAUAUUUUCUGUUUUUUGUUCUGUAGUAAACGGCCCGCUGGGCUCAGAAAUGACAAGUA